GUUCCAGCAGCUUCCAGCAGAGUCCGCCGAGGACCGGGGACCUUCGCUCCGAUGCGCAUGCAGGUCACAACCGCCCCGUUCGGACUUUGAACCCGUCACGCCCGGAAGGGAGUAUUUGUCGGAAGGAAGCCGCACUUUCUCACAAAGCAGCCCGCGGGUCUUCGCUCUCUCCUCGUCCCUUUUCCACGGCAAACGAGCAACAGGUUUAGCGGCGCGGCGGCGAAGAAGCAUGCCGAGUAAAAGUCAGUCCCUGCGGCCCCGGCUCUGCGCGCUGGAGAAGGGCGACAACGGCUACGGCUUCCACCUCCACGGCGAGAAGGGGAAGACCGGCCAGUUCAUCCGGCUGGUGGAGCCCGACAGCCCGGCGGAGGUGUCGGGGCUCCUCGCCGGGGACCGGCUGGUGUUCGUCAACGGGGACGACGUGGAGAAUGAGAGCCACCAGCAGGUCGUCAGCCGGAUACGAGCCGCCUCUGGCCGCCUGGAGCUGGUGGUGGUGGACCCGGACACCGAGACGCUGCUGAGGAAGCACAACGUCAAGUGUCUGAAGGAGUACGUGGACGACGGGCUGCCCUUCCCGCUCCGCUACGAGGAGGACGACGCGGAGGAAGAGCGGCCGCGGGAGAAGGAGGUCGACGGGACGGACGACGGCGACGAGCGGCGCGACGCGGAGGUCCAGGCGGAGGAGCGAGACGGAGGGUCCGGGCACAGCACGCCGGUGCCGGACAGCAACGGAGGGAUUCACGGGGACGCCGAGAGGAAGCUGAGCGUCAAUUCAUACAAGGAGCCGAGUCCCGAGCGGCGGCCACGUCUCUGCGUGAUCCGGCGGGAGGCCGGCGGCUACGGCUUCAACCUGCACAGUGAGCGGGCGCGGCCGGGCCAGUACAUCCGGGCCGUGGACGAGGACUCCCCCGCCGAGAAGGCAGGCCUGCUGCCCAAAGACAGGAUAGUCCAGGUGAACGGCGUGCUGGUGGAGGCCAAGACACACUCCGAGGUGGUGGCAACCAUUAAAGCCGGCGGGGACGAGACCCGCCUGCUGGUGGUGGACCCCGAGACAGACGCCUUCUUCAAGAGGUGCCGGGUGACCCCCACUACGGCCCACCUGAGCGGUGUGCUACCUGAGCCUGAUGUGAACGGAGGCAUGGAGGACAAGGUGAACGGGGGCGGGGCCGAGAGAGACUCCAAGCCGUCGGUCAGCCCUUCUCCAUCCAACGCCUCGUCCAACGCCUCCAUCACCUCGCCCAGCAGCAGCACUCCCCCCGAGGGCGUGGCUUCAGGGGCCAUCCCCGCCCUGACCAUGAGUCUGCAGCAGGUCAAGGAGCUGGCCCACCAGAAGCGCUCCAACAAGAGAGCGCCCCCUAUGGACUGGACCAAGAAAAACGAACUCUUCAGCAACCUCUAGAAGCUUCCGGCACCAAACCCUUUUUUAUGGCGGUGAUUGGCAGCGCGAUCAGAGAGGAGACUUUUCAGGAGAAAUUAUGUUUUUAACUUUCUACUAACAGGACAUGUACACACUGACAAUCAUGCUGGACUAAUUAUCUCACUAUUAUUGUUAUUAUUAUUA